CACAGUUUCAUUUUUUAGUUAAAGCAUAAGCUAAGUGUACAAACAUUUUGAAACUAUACUAGUUCUGAUUACAAAAUAUAAAUACAAACCACAUGCCUUUAGGCUUUAGCUCUCCAUCACACAUACAUCUUCUCAAUCCAUCACACAAACACUAAUGUCUAGAGACUGUGAGAAGCACGGCGGAGGCGGAGGAGGAACCGUCGGGAGAAUAUGUGGAGCCAUCAUCGGCUUCAUCAUCAUCGUCUUGUUAGCAAUCCUCCUCGUCUGGUUAAUCCUCCAACCAACAAAACCAAGAUUCAUCCUCCAAGACGCCACCGUCUUCGCCUUCAACCUCACGCAACCUAACCUCCUCACAUCAAACUUCCAAGUCACACUCGUCACACGAAACCGAAACUCCAAGAUCGGAAUCUACUACGACCGUCUUCACGUCUACGCCACUUACCGUAACCAGCAGAUCACUUACCCUACGGCCAUUCCUCCGACUUACCAAGGGCAUAAAGAAGACAGUGUCUGGUCUCCUAUUAUCUACGGAAACGAAGUCCCUAUUGCUCCUUAUAACGCCGUCACUCUCGGAGAAGAGCAGAGUCGUGGGUUUGUUGAGUUGGUUAUACGCGCUGAUGGGCGCGUGAGAUGGAAGGUGGGGACUCUUAUUACCGGGAAGUAUCAUCUACAUGUUCGUUGUCAGGCUUUUAUCAAUCUUGCUGAUAAAUCUAACGGAGCUCAUGUCGGAGAAAGUGCCGUUAAGUACACUAUGGACUAUCAAUGCAGUGUCAAUGUUUAGAUGACGGGGAAAAAGGGACACAACUCAGACGCCGUUAAGUUUGCUUUUUUCCCUUAAUUCACUCGUUUUUCUUCAACUCUCUGCUUCUGUAUCGAUCGUUUAAUUUGUCUACUUUUUCUCAUCAUCUCGUAAAAUAUACCCUCAUGACAUUACAGUGUUGCUAAA